CGGCCUCGCGGGGCCUCGUACUUUCGUUUAUUUAUUUAUUAGUUAGUUGUUUCUUGGGUGGCGUUGAGAAAUCACCUUCAGAAAAGGGAGGGAGAAUAAAGAUCGAUUCUUAAAGCAAAGGCCUAGUCUAGAUUGAAACCUCUCAAUGAUUUAUAACUAGGAAUAUUCCGAUGACAUAUUGUAAUCCUUGUUUUGAACCCACCCAAACGAAUGCCCCCCUCUUUGUCGUAUCUGAGAAUAGUUAAUUAUUAAUCAAUAACAAUAACAAUCAAUGUCUGUCUCGCAGAACAACUCAUAACACACACUAACUACCUACUACUAACUUUCCUACGACUUCUGCAUCGCUCAACAUUAUAUACAUACAAGAAAUGCUCCUCCGAUGCCCUUGAGAUGGGAAUAGAAAAGAACAACGACAGUUGCAUAUCUCCUGAACAUUGUCCCAUAGAUCAGGACCCUACUAACUACCACCGCCCGCCUGUGUUGAAAUUUGUUCCCCCAAGUCUUUUCGAAGUUAGUGUGGUUCCUGGUCUGAUAUUUAGUCCGUUGAUAUCAACCGAUCAAUCCCUCCCCCGCUGCGCAGUAUGACAUCAGAAUCGCUCGAGGCGAAGUUAAAUGCUCUGCAGGAGUAUUCGGUUUGUGAUGUUUCAGACGCUCUUCUGAAAAUCCAAAAAGUACCAAAUGGUCAAAUUGCUCGGGCGGGAUUCCUCGCUGAUCUUGUCCCCUUCUCCCCUUCGCGGAUCAACUUCGAAAACCAACCCAAAAUAAUCGCCCCGGUGUCUACCUUCAAAUUCAUACCUAAAGAUGAUCCUGUCCCUGAAGAUACAUCACCAUCAAAGGAGCACAGCUUCCCACCGCGCCACCACUGGGUGGACUGCGCCCAGCCUGGUACUGUCGUAUUUAUCGAACAGCCAGCAGGCCAAUAUUGCGCCAAUGUCGGCGGCAUAAUGGCAGCGCGAAUGAAAGUCCUGGGAGUGAAGGGUGUGGUUGUGGAUGGCCGAGUGCGGGACCUGGCUGAGUUGCGGAGUACACAGCUCCAGAUCUGGGCCCGCGCAACAUCCACCGUUGGCACCAGCGCAGAGGCCAAACCGGGUGUUCGAAAUGUGCCGGUGAAUAUAAGCGGGGUGACGGUUUCUCCGGGCGACAUCGCGUUUUGUGACCCCCUUGAAGGAACUGCGGUGAUUCCCGCUGAACUCCUCGACGAAGUACUGGCCUUGGUGCCCAAACUUGCUGCGGCGGAUGAGAAGGUCAAGGAAGAUGUACUGAAUGGAGCAAAUGUCUUCGAUGCUUUUGAAAAGCAUCGCAGCAUGCAUUCAACUAAGUAACCUGAAGUACUGAAGUAUUUUGUUGUGCUCUCAUAUCUUUUUUCUCUUUUUCAUGAACAUAUCUGCUGGAGGUCUUGGUUGGGGGUUUGUAUAUAGUUUUCUGCAAUAACGCACAUAUGAGAUAGUUCUCAAGUGUUUAUCAGUAAAUAUUUAGACCGGCCGUGUGGCCGUGCCUGGGACCAGGACCAAAUGUUCCAUAGUCCCUUUCUCAAUUUAUUUUGAUUGUUCCCGGUCACGGAUACCAGGACCUCUAUCUAGUCCUAGUCACAUUCAUCAAAUGGGACCAUGAAUUUUAUGUUUCAAUGCCUGAUCUUUUAUUACUUUAAAUUACUUUAAAUAUCAUUGGAGUGUUAUGAUUUAUCAAAAAUUGUUACUUA